AAUUUAAAAUUGCCUCGGCACCUGUUGGUAUUCUCGAGUCAAACAGGCGGUGUGGAUGUUAUUUUUCGAUAAUUUUAUAGUUUAAUUUUAAAAUUGCCUCGUCACCUGUUGCUAUUCUCGAGAUAAACAGGCGUUGUGGAUGUAAUUGUUCGAUAAUUUUAUAGUUUGAUUUUAAAAUUGCCUCGUCACUUGUUGCUAUUCUCGAGUCAAACAGGCGUUGUGGAUGUAAUUUUUCGAUAAGUCCCUACGAUAAUUCAUAUUUUAUAUUGCUUUAGAUUAGAUUACAGAACUAAUGCGGCAGUCAAUUCGUGUAUUCAAUUAUUCGUACAUGAAGCCUAUAAAAUAUAGUAAGAUUUAUCAAAAUCUAUGUGGUAUAAUUUGUAAAUAAAGUGAAGUAGAUAAACAAGAAUAAUUUCGUGUGGACAGCGGUGGAUUAUUGUUAUUGAAAUGACGGACAUAAUGGGCACCGUAGUGGUCGUGCUAGAACUGAUAUGGACUCUCAUCAAAGUGCACGCGGAGAACCUUCGCUGCAUCUACAAGGUGUUCGUGCCUGAUGAGCCUAAGAAUGUCCAAGGAGAGAUAGCUCUUAUUACGGGUGCAGGUCACGGCAUAGGCCGAGAGUUGGCGCAACGGUUCGCCAAGCUGGGCGCCAUUGUGGUGUGCGUGGAUAUCAACGCCAAAGGCAACGAGGAGACUGUUCAGGCGAUCAAGGAUAAUGGGGGGAAAGCGUAUAAAUACGAAUGUGACGUAUCCAACCGAACUGCAGUCUUCAGUCUCGCAGACAAGGUCGCCAAAGAAGUUGGAGAAGUGACGAUACUGGUGAACAAUGCUGGAAUUAUGCCGUGUCAGCCUUUCUUGAAGUGGACUGAGCAGAACAUCAGUUCCACUCUUAAUGUCAAUGUAGCUGGGAACCUUUGGACCCUCCAAGCCUUCCUUCCAGCAAUGAAGAAGCGGAACCACGGGCACAUCGUGGCUCUCUCGUCCAUGGCAGGCCACAUAGGCACAAGUUACUUGGUGCCCUACUGCGGAAGCAAGUUUGCGAUCCGUGGCAUCAUGGAAGCUUUGGAAAACGAGUUGUAUGAAGAGACGGAUGGCAAAAGUAAUAUAAAAUUCACCACCAUCUGCCCAUACACAGUAGACACCGGGUUGGCCAAGAACCCUCGCAUCCGAUUCCAAAAAGCUAACAAGAUGGUAGACGCAGGGGAGGCCGCGGACCUCAUCGUGGAUGCUGUCAGGAGGAAUCAGUGGACAAUCACCAUCCCUGUCAAUUUUUUCUAUGUAGAUAAGUUCUUCACUCGUUUCCUGGCUCCAUCCGCAGUCAGGAUCCUACACAAAUUCAUCGGGGCUGGCGUAAACCCUCACGACUAAAAGACUGUUGCUAAUUAACUUGGCCCCUAUUCGACUUGACGAAGUGACGACUAAACUUCAUCUUGAGUCAAAUAAGUGGGCCUUUUUUUUCAUUGUAACCUAUCAAAAAAAAUAAUCUAAACCUGAAUGUGUUUCCACUCCAUAGUUUUUUGUUAUAAACUUCAGUUCUAUUCUGAAUAAUAUUUAUAGCUUGAGAAAAUACAAUUCUAAAACAAAUUGUACAUUAAAUAAGUCCUUAUACUAUUA